GGCAGUUCGAUGCUAGAUUACGUCAUGUGUGACACGAGGAAGAAUGAGGGCAUUCAGCGAGUCCGAAGGCGGAAACAAACCAACUGCGACGUGUUACUUGAACCUCGAACUUGUCAGACAGAGGACACUGAUGUACAACGCCCAAUAAUCAACCACGAGGAUUACCAUUAAGACAAUCCAUCCCCGGGCCGUGGCGGAGGCUACCGAACCUAAUAUCCGGGCUAAGUGUUAGUGUUAUCUUAUCGUAACGACGCGUGGGGCACGCGAGGGAGCAGCUCCAUGAUCCAAGUGGGAACCAACGUCGCCCAGACCCAACUCAAAAUGUCCUCCAGUAUCUCUCCGGAAGCGCAGCAUCACGUCGUCUGUCUUGAAGAAUGCCAUUGUCCUAUCCCGGGCUUCUCCUUCCCCCACACCUAUACAGGCUACGCCUCAGUCCCUCUCGACGAGGAAGAGAUAGUGAGUCGGCUCCACGACGCCACGAUCGCAAUCACGACCAUUGUGCCCAUAACACCCGAGAUUAUCUCUCAGUGCCCGCGCCUGAAAUGCGUUUUCGUCAUGGCAACCGGCGUGGAAUGGGUUGAUAUCCCUGCCUUCACUGCCCGCGGGAUAACGGUGAUGAACGCACCGCAAGCAAAUGUAAGCAGCGUUGCCGAGCACGCAAUCGCAUUAUAUUUCUCCUCUCGCCGCCGGGUUGUAAGCAUGCAUAACCUUGUUAUGGACGGUGACGAGUGGGCUGAGAAGCGGACGUUGGUGCAUCGUUUUGGAGGAGGAUUGGGCGAGCCGCCGCAUACGACGCAACAAGAGGUUGUAGCAAUAGUGGGGUAUGGGGCGCUGGGGCGCAGAAUCGAGAUGAUAGCGCGGGCGCUGGGGAUGCAGGUUCUCGUUGCGGAGAGGAAGGGAGUUAUGGGCGCUGAGGUGAGGGAAGGAAGGGUCGGAUUCGAGACCGCGCUGCAGAGGGCGACGGUGGUGAUGAUUACAGCUGCAAAACGGGCGGAGACGGUUGACCUGAUUUCGGAGGAGGAGCUAAAGAGUAUGCGAGCUGACGCGUUGGUGAUAAAUGUCGCCCGUGGUGGGAUUGUGAAUGAGGGGGCGUUGGCAAAGGCGCUGAAGGAGGAGUGGAUUGCCGGUGCGGCGACGGAUGUGUUUGACGGUGAGCCGCCUGUGCGCGGGCAGUCGUUGCUCCUUGAUAAGGGCGUGCCAAAUCUGACAGUGUCACCACAUAUCGCCUGGUUCUCCGAGUCGACGAUUCGUAACCUGCAGGACUUGCUGGUCAGAGGGGUCGAGGGCUAUGUCGAGGGCAAUCCGAUUAACGUUGUUUGUUGAGCAGGGCGUAUGGGGCUUCAUGGCGGUUGAUACAAUGCACAAAAGAGGGUGCAUAGCAUGCAACGAUGAUAUGCAUAAAGGCGAGCUGAAGAAGGGAGCUGAGCUAGGCUCAAAAUUAGCGGCGAGGCAGGACAGGACAGAAACCCACAUCACGUGGCUGCCUUCAACUGGGGAAAGAAGAGUGAAGAGGGCGCCGCUUCAUUUAUACCAGAACUCAAGGCCAAUUCGGAUGCAAGUGUACUCUGCAGACAGACGUGCUCGGGGGUUUGCAGCGUGUGCAAAGUUAUGCGUGUAAUAACUACUAGCCAAUAACAAAACAGAGUUGGUCUUAUUCUACUCGAAACCCCUCCAUCCAUUUCUAUCGCGGGGCAGGCGCAUGACAAAUAUCGGAAUACUGUUACGAAUCCCCAAUAACCAGCCGUUACACAGUCUGCGGGCAGUGCGCAGCCUCGGCC